AUGCGCUUUCUACCAACCUUCCUCUCCCUGGUGGCUGUCUCAACCGCCGCCCCAACAAACUUCUUCGAUGAUGCAUACGACUUCUCUGAGGGGCUUCUGGACUACUACUCCAAAGUUAGUCAGCACAUCAACCGCCUGAGGCACAGUAAGACCCCGGUGGGCUGCGAUGCGUCCAAGAUUACAUUGCCAUCCUAUGCUUCAGGCCUCAAGGCGCCUGAUGGGUUGAGCCCAAUGUAUGUCGCUAUUGGACGGGGCACACAGAACUACACCUGUGCGGAUAGCACGUCCAAGAGUACUCCUGCCGCAGCAGGUGCAGUUGCGAAUCUCUACAAUGCCACCUGCAUGGCAGCAAACUUCCCCGACCUGUUGGAGUUGAUCCCAAACCUCAUCUGGAACAGCUCCGUUCCAUUGGACGUCUCUGCAUUCCCUCGGGCCAAAAUCCAACUUCCGGCCAAUGUCGACUUGAUGGGUCACCACUUCUUCUACGACUCGACAACCCCGGAGUUCAACCUCAACAUUGCUGGAGGCGGGCAAUUUGGGAUUGCGAUGACCAAGAAGGGUGGGUCGAUUGACGCCCCGAGCACUGCUACAAAGGGCACAUAUGGCGCUGUCGCUUGGCUGUAUCUCACGACUACCACAGGCACUGUGGGCAAGUAUAAGGCAGUAUACCGUGUCGACACUGCUUCCGGCUCUCCCCCGGACACUUGCUUGGGACAACCUGCACAAUUUCAGAUGAAAUACUCUGCGAAUUAUUACUUCUUUGGAAAUUAG